AGGAAACAAUAACAUAUUUUUAUCACGCGUGUUGCAAUGCGGUAUGGGCACCUGUCACGUGGCAGCGCGAGAGUGGUGAUCGAUAUUGUAUCAUUGGGUCAAAGUCAACCUGGCGAUAUACGAAGGGGUCCGAGUCAAUCAAGUCAAACCAUAAAAUCACGAUCGCAAGCGCUCGCACCGAUCUGCGUCGAUGCCGACACCUGUGACCGAAUGCGACAAGCGCGGCGCCAGACCCAUCUCAUGCCAUCCGUCGCGCAUCGGCAAGAGGACGAAGUUUCUCUGCACGAUCGGCCUGCUCUGCUCUCCACUACGACUCUACCCUUCACUCCACAUCCAGAGCAGCUAACAACCCGACCCGUCCCUACCCUAGCACGUUGCCACUCUACUCCGCUUUCCCUCCGUUCCGUUCCAGUCUAGCCGUAGGCCCCUAGGCCAGAUCGCAGUCCGGCGGAGCGGUCGAUUGCGCUCGGCCCCACGGCGGACCUGCGAUCCCGCUCGGGACUUUGGAGCAGAAUGUUCGCCCGCGCGACUGUCCGGCCCAUCCAUAAUAUUGCAGUUCUCGGCUGUACCGGGUAACAGGCGCGCAUUUAUGGGCCGGGCGAAUAUCCCCGGCAUGUGCUCAUCGCCGGUUCGGGGCCGAUUGCCC